AUGAGUGGUGCCAUAUGUGAAAGACCACGCCAGCACAAAGAAAGACAAGGAAAGGGGGAGGGGGAGGAAAGAGAGGGAGAGGAGAAGGGGAGGGACAGAGGCCGAGGAGACGGAGAUAAGAGGAGGAAGGAGGAGGAGGAGAAGGAGGAGAGGAGCCGGAGAGCGGCGUCCGAAGGAGCCGAGGAGUCUGGCAGGAUGAGAUGGAGACUCCAUCAGCUGGAGAAAGAGAGACUGGAGCUGACGACCGCACACAACCAGGAACUGUGCCGGCUGCAGGCCGAGCUGGCCCGUCUCCGGGCCAACGUGGAGCGGGGGGAGGCCCAGCGGGCCGAGCUGCAGUACCAGCUGACGGCGAGCCAGAGAGACGCCGCCCGGGCCGCCUCGCUCAGCCGAGACAAACACGCGCUCACAGAGCGAGCGGCAGCGCUCCAGCUGACGGUGGAGGAGCUGCAGAAAGUUGUGGACAUCACCCGGCGGGCCAGGGACGAGGACCAGCAUGCAUUGCAGCAGGAAGUGGAGGAGCGAGACAGACUGAUUCACAACUUCAGCUCGGAAAACCAACGACUGCACCGCCUGCUGCAGGUGCGUGGGCGGGACCUGGAGGCGGCUCUGGCGGCCGAGCGGUGCGUCCUGCAGGAGGCUCGGAGCGACCUGGAGCUGCUGAGGACUCGGCUCCGAGAGACGGAGCACGCCAUUGGUCUGGAGAGAGAGAGGGCCGUCGCCAUGGAGACAGCUCUGGGUCUGGAGAGAGACAGGGGCGGAGCCAUGGAGCACGCCAUGGAGCACGCCAUGCAGCGGUGA